GCCUCUCUCCUUUUGACGCCACUCCCCAGGAACUGCCAGGUGGUUUUGCUUUCAUCCAGUGCGGAGAAGCUCAGGCAGCCCGACGGGGCCGUUGCCUCCAGCACCAAGCACCAGAGCGCCUGAAGAAGAGCAAGGCCUCAGGAAGGGCAUGGCACAGAAAGCAACGCUGGGCACCUCCCUGGAGGGAGUUCACCCCACUUACAUCUACAAAGUGGUUCUGCUGGGGAACACAUCAGUGGGAAAGUCAAGCCUGGCCUACCGAUAUGUGAAAAAUGACUUCAAGGAGUCACUGCCAACUGUGGGAUGCUCCUUCUUCACACAGACUCUCAACCUGGAGGUAGCCACUGUCAAGUUGGAGAUCUGGGACACAGCAGGUCAGGAGAAGUACCACAGUGUUUGCCACCUCUACUACCGGGGCGCCCAUGCUGCUCUCCUUGUUUAUGACAUCUCUAACAAGGAAACACUCAACAGAGCAAAGCUGUGGUUGAGGGACCUGGAGAAGGAAUUCCUUCCAGAUGAAAUUGUCAUCGCUUUGGUGGGCAACAAGAUGGACCUUGUUGCUGAGCGAGAAGUUACCACCAAGGAGGGGGAAGAGUUUGCAAGGACCAAAAGCCUCCUGUUCAUGGAGACAUCUGCAAAAUCCAACCAUCAAGUAAAUGAUAUCUUUAUGGCCAUAGCCCAAGAACUCCUGCAGCGGGAACAAAAGAAGGCAUCUGCUCAGUCACCACAUGGGAGGUCAACAGUGAGCCUAGGGGAGAGUGUGGCAAGGAGGGGGUGCUGCCAGCCCUGAGGAUGAGGUGUUCCAGACCUCAGUGAAGGCUGGAUGAGGUCUCCAAGAAAAACAAUGGCAAAGCAGGGGACACACAGAAGCACAAGGGUAGCUCAGCCCAACCACCUUCCGCCUUGGGGUGAGAUCAGGACCCAUCCUGGGGACACAAGGCCUCUUCAAUCCUCCAGUGCUGCCUGCAUCCAACAGGUAAAGCACAGGAGUUUCUUCCACCAACUUUCCUCUGCCAGAAAGUAGCAUGAACCAUCAGCACCACUGCUACCAGCCCUGACUGGUGACAUCCCCUUUCCCCAGCUGCACAUCUCUUUCCCAUCUGAAAAGGGAGGACUUAGCUUUCUGGAGCAAAGCAGGUACAUCCUGGUCGAUUUACACUCAGACUGCAAAUAAAGGGAACAUUGCCCUAAAGAUGCUAUUUUUUUUACCCUGACCUAGAUGUCAGCUGGCAAGUGAGAACCACAGGAAGCCUGGAGGUAGCAGGGAUCAGAGCUGGUGCUCUCCUCACCCUGCCAGCCCCCACCUGGCCCAUUUCAGGGGUCACAGCCCAUCCUCUGGAGAAACCACUCAUUUCUUGCUGAUACAAGAUCCAGGUCUAGGGGCAGAGCAGGGCUAAAGCAAAUGCUGGGCAUUGCAGUAGAUUGUGCCUUUCAGAGUCUCACCUUUAUGCUUUAAGAACAAUGCUGUGGGAAUGCACCUGGGCUAGAAGAGGCAAUUAAGAAAAAGCACCUGAGCUGUCUCCAAAAGCAUACUGCUACUCAGCAAACUUGGAGGCUGUCAGGCUCAGGGAAUGUGUUGCACUUUCUGGGCAAUGCUGGCACAGCCAAAGGCAAAGGACAGCACCACUUACCCUGUCUGCAGGGACAUGUAACCGUUGUGUUUAGGGCAUGGCCUGAUGGUGAUGGACUCAGCUCAGCCAUAAGGCAGCAGGCACCCUUGAAGGUGUUCCCCACAGAGGCUAAAGGACCACAGCACCCUUUUCCCAGGUUUACCAGCUCAGGUUCCCACCUCACAAGAACAUCUCACUAGCCAAAGACAACCAUCUGUGAUGUUUACCCAGGGCUGAGCCAUCUUGGAGUGUGACAGAGGCUUCUUCUCAAUAAAAAGACAGAUUGGCUGCCUC